AUGGGUGCCUCGCAUCCCAUGCCCGCGGUGUCUUCCAGCACGGACCAUGCAGAUGCGACUCAUGCCAACACGCUAGCCAACGCUCGCAGUGCACAGCGCACAGAGGAACUGGUCCAUGCCGUCCGGCCUAUGCCGACGUCUGACGCUGCACCCAUGCAGGCACCAAUUGAUCUCAACAAGAUCAAUGAGGAGUUGGAAGAUGAACGUGCACGACAUUCUGCCUUCUCCGAGAAACGACACCAACAUUAUGGGAACGAAGCCGCUGCGCUCAAGAUGGCGGCUAUGCUGCCGGAUGAAGACGAAGACGAAAGCUAG